UUUCAGAUACUCAAUUGCCAAAGCAACCGGCUUCACAACAACUAUGGAAUCACAUGGAAAAUAACAGAGAACCUAAGACGAUCACGAAUAGCGGAGGAAACCCGGUUGAUGAUAAAACAAAUGUCAUGACGGUUGGAGAACGUGGACCGAUGCUCCUCCAGGACAUGGUUUUCAUAGACGAAGCACAACAUUUUAAUCGGGAAAGAAUUCCAGAACGAGUGGUACACGCAAAAGGAGCAGGUGCUUUCGGGUAUUUUGAAGUAACAAAUGACAUCAAACCUUAUUCAAAAGCGACGGUGUUUGAUGAAAUUGGAAAAAAGACCCCAGUUCUUAUUCGUUUCUCAACUGUGAUUGGAGAACGAGGCACCGCGGACACUUUAAGGGAUCCAAGAGGUUUCGCAAUCAAAUUUUAUACGGAAGAUGGUAUCUGGGAUCUCGUUGGUAACAAUACUCCUAUAUUUUUCGUGAGGGAUCCUUUUAUGUUCUACAGUUUUAUACACUCCCAGAAAAGAAACCCCGUUACUAAUUUAAGGGAUCUAGAUGCAUAUUGGGAUUUUCUCACCUUGCGACCUGAAUCAAUUCAUCAGGUCAUGAUACAAUUCACCGAUAGGGGCACUCCUGACGGCUUUAGACACAUGGAUGGAUACGGUUCCAACACGUACAAACUCGUGAACGCGUUAGGCCAAGCAGUUUACUGUAAAUUCCACGUCAAGACGAAUCAAGGGAUUAAAAAUUUGUCAGCGGAUGUUGCUGAUAGAUUGGCCGGAGAAGAUCCGGAAUAUGCCACAAGAGAUCUUUACAACGCAAUCGCAAGUGGAAACUUUCCCAGUUGGACAUUUUAUAUUCAAGUAAUGACAUUCGAGGAAGCGGAGAGGUUCAGAUGGAACCCAUUUGACGUAACUCUUAUUUGGCCUGAAGAGGAAUACCCACUUAUUGAAGUUGGGAGGAUCGUUUUGGAUCGUAAUCCAACGAAUUAUUUUGCUGAUAUCGAACAAGCUGCAUUCGCACCAAACAACAUGAUCCCUGGAGUGGAACCAAGUCCAGACAAAAUGCUUCAAGGGAGAUUGUUCGCCUAUAUGGACACCCAGUUCCAUAGGUUGGGCCCCAGCCACAAACAGAUUCCGGUGAACAGUCCAUUCCGUUCGAAAAUAGUCAAUACUCAGCGUGACGGUUUGGCUACCUACUCGGACAACCAAGGAGGUGCACCGAACUACUUUCCUUCAAGUUUCGACAACAGAAUUCAUUGUCCUGAUGCCAAAUUUUCGGCCUUUAGUCUCAGUGGAGAUAUCGCUAGGUUUAAUUCUUCGGACGAUGACAACUACAGUCAACCUGGGAUUAUGUGGAGGACAAAAUUAUCCGAACAAGAAAGAGUAACUCUCGUAACAAAUUUAGCAAACAGCAUAAGACAGACAUCUCAGUUUAUUCAGGAAAGAGCUGUGAAAAAUUUCUACAUGGUCGAUCCCAGAUUUGGUCAAAUGCUUAGUGAAGCCCUUUGAACGUCGUACCAUAAUUUUUUUUUUAUUGUCGAUCUUGAACAUUAUUAAUUCAUUUUUUAAACUAUGUACAGUGUAAUUUCGAAUAAUAAAAUCUUUUAAUUUAAUUUGAAUUUUCAUGGCUGCAACAUAUUUGAAAUUUUGAAUUGUUGGAGGCUUUCUUCAAUUUUAGAAACUAUACACAUAGACCAUAUAUUAUAUAUAGACUAUGGACACAAUUGUAAUAACACAUCAGGAAUAAAAGUUUUCAAACAUACGUUAAUUCUAA